AAAUUACUUGCAAACAAAAGUGCAGGCCCGUCCCAUGCCCUGUUAUGAAAAUCGCGUGUUUUUACGGACCUGGCACCCCCCGUACCGGUCAAGCCACACGACGCAGACUCAAACCCAAUGGCGGACGAAGUUGAGCAGCAACCGAGUACCAACACGGUCGAGGAGCCGCUCGAUCUGAUCAGACUCAGUCUAGAUGAGAGGAUCUACGUCAAGAUGAGGAACGACCGGGAGCUCCGUGGCCGACUGCACGCCUACGAUCAGCACCUGAACAUGAUCCUGGGUGACGUGGAGGAGACGGUGACGACGGUGGAGAUUGAUGAGGAGACUUAUGAAGAACUGUACAAGUCGACCAAGAGGAACAUCCCCAUGCUGUUUGUCCGAGGAGAUGGCGUUGUCCUCGUAGCUCCGCCCCUCAGGGUGGGCUAACCCUGACCACUUCCUGGUGCCGAGGAGCGUUUGUGACAGCUGGGACUUCCUUUUGUCGGGCUGCAAGGAUAUAAACCAUGUCGUGACUCGAGGCAAGAAGGAGGACUAUGUUUUGGACAAAGAGGGCCUAUUUUUUUAAGUUUUCAUUGAGGCAAAUUAUUAUUAAAUAGAUUUUGCCAUUGUGGGUGAUUUCAGGCCACCUGGAUAUUUCAUUUGAUUUCCGUCAGUAGAGCAAUUAAUCCAUCCCCGCCGGUUUAGUAAACCAGUAAAAAUGUAAUAUUAUUUUUAAUGACUGGAAUUACUCUUAUUCCCAGUCUUUACGAGUACAAGAGCCAGCUUCAAAUGUCUCAUCAUGGUUUUAAGAAGCUGAACUGCUUCAGGUGUGUACGUCAACGUGUUUUGGCCUGAUUUGUCGAGAGUAUUUCAAAAGUAUUACCAGACAACAGACUGAGCAGAGGGGUUUUAUGUGAUUUUUGAUUUUUGUUUAUGUUGGUUCUAAGCAAAGGUCUUGCAGUUACUCCAAACCCAUGAUCUGUGAGUAUUUGGGAAGUUUGAGUUUCUUUGGGACGGUUUUAGUUCAAGUUUCUUUUUAUACAUAUUAUUUUUGUAGUGUUUGUGGGACUUGGGACUACAUCAUGCUCAGAUGUGUAAAGAUGUGUAAGGAUUUGGUUUCGGUAACUUAAAUAAAAAAGGUAAUUCUUGGA